AUGCCUGUUGUCGGUCCCAUCACCAAUGAAGUCAAGUUGCGAGUCUACCUAUCCACAACUUGUCCCAUCAUACCAUACGGAUCGGAAACUUGGACAACACCUUCUACAGUGAUGGAGAUGCUUGAUUGCGCGGAAAGGAAGCCGCUUAGAUGGUUGCUAGGCUACUUUAGGACUGAAGUAUGCUGGAAUGAAGAUCUUUAUGCGGAAAUCGAUGUGCUGUACAUGCCCAUGACACAUGGGAAGUGUCAACAUCUGAUGCCGUCGUCGAAAAUGAUUAUAGAAAAUCAUUUUCACUACUUUGGUCACAUACUAAGGAGACAAGCAGACCGCCUUGUUCAAAGUGCGUGUUCUGAGGAGUCAUUUGGGUUCAAACUGAAACAGGGCACCCGGCCGAAAACGAAAGUUCUGGACUGA